AUGACUUCUCUUAUCAGUCGAGUAGCAAGGGUAAUGGAGGAGAUCGCCCCACUUCACCUUGCUGAUAGAUCUUGGGAUAACGUUGGUGUUCUGGUGGAGUCUCCCAUGAGCAACAACUCAGGCGUUGUUGUGCUGACGAUCGAUCUCACCCCUGAGGUGAUGGAAGAGUGUUUGCGCCACAAUGCUGAGGUUAUCAUCGCCUACCACCCGCCCAUCUUCACACCGUUUAAACGGCUGACACUGACAGAUCCCAAGCAGAAAAUAAUACUGCAGACCAUACGCCAUGGAGCCUCCAUUUACUCUCCCCACACUUCAUUGGAUGCGGUUUCAGGAGGUAUAAAUGAUUGGCUCGCCUCCAUUGUCGAUGCUAGGGGAAGAUGUUACCCCAUUCGGCCUUGCGAAAUUUAUAUGCAAGACAAAAAUUGCGGUAAAGUUGAUGCGACGGUCGGAAUCGGUCGUAUCGUAUCAUUAAGCGGACCCAAAGAGAUACAUACGUUGGUGCAGGACAUUAAACAGGGGUUAGGCCUUCCAACUGUGCGGGUUUCGCUGCCAAGUUGUUGGACCGGAAACACACCUGUGGAGCGGGUGGCCAUUUGUGCAGGAAGUGGUGGUAGCGUCUUCAGUGGGUUGAAGGAACACGUAGACGUGCUUCUCGCCGGGGAAAUGGGCCAUCACGAAGUCCUCGCGGCCAACGCCAAGGGACAGGCGGUGAUAUUAUGUGAACACAGUAACACGGAACGUGGGUACCUGAGUAGUGAGCUGUUACCAAAAUUAAAGAAAGCUAUGGGUGAAGAGGUGAGCGUCAUCACCUCUACCGUUGACAAGGAUCCACUUGUUGUUUGGUGA